AUGGUUUGUAUAAAGAAACUACUUACAUUAUUUGUUCUUCAGUUAAUCUGUGAUGAGGUACUAUUAUUAAUUUAUGGUUUUACCUUCAAUAAUAAUAGUUAUUUAACCUAUGUAAAAUAUGAUAAUAAUAAUAAUAAAGUUGCGAAGAGGCAUUAUAUCCCUUAUGAAGAAGUGAAGAAAACAUAUAGGAAAGAUUACUUUAUAUUAUAUAGCACGCCAAAAAUACAAGAAGAUAAUAAUAGGAAUGAUAUAAACGAUCUAUUAUAUGAUGUAGGCAAUAUUAAUGAAAAUAAAAAUUCAAUAUCAGACGAAAUUGAUAUCUUUAAUGAAGAUGGUCUUCAGUUAAAACAGUGGUAUUCAGCAGAAAAAGUAAAAGAAAAAUGGAGAGAAAAACAUAUUGAAAAUGUUCGAAGUAAUUAUGAAAAGGUAUUAUUAAAUAACAAAUAUAAUGAAAUGUUUAAUAUGUACAGAAAUAUAAAGAACAAUAAUGUAGAAAAUGCUAAAAAAAGAGUUAAAACAAAUAGAAUUAAUCCCGUAAUAUAUGUAAAAAAAAGGUUAGUAUCUGCUACUGCUAAAUAUAUUAAAAUGUCUUUUAUAAAAACUAGAAAAAUUUUAUGGAAAAUACGAUACAUGCCAAUAAUUAAAGCUUUUGCAUUUCUAUAUUAUUAUGGUUCUAAUAUUUAUACAGUAAAUAUUUAUAAGUGCAUAAAGUCUUGUUUGCAUAAUGCUAUUAAUAAAUAUGGGAAAAACAAUAUAAAACCCGUUUUCCACACCCUUCAAGCUAAUAUGGGUGGAUACACCAAAAAAAUUAAUAUUAGGGCAAAGGGGAAAACAGAUAUUAUACGUGAACCUCAUACACAUAUAAGAGUUGUUUUAGAAGUUUAG